GUGAGAGCGAGGCUGCGUCCGAAGCCCCAAUAUCUCAUAGUAUAGUAUUACUACCAAGUAUAUAUGUACAUGCGACGCCACAUGCUCAGUUCCUCAAUUACCUCCCGAGACGUCUUGAUGUCAUGCAGCUCUUUCCGGGGUGCGGAGAUGCACCCUGUAGGAUACAUCCUUCAAAAGCAAUCCCCCAUUGAUUCCAUUGAGAUCAGGUCUGCGGGCGGUCUCGGCGCACGUUCUCCGUGCCGCGGCCGCGUCGAAUUGGCGAGUUGCUGCUCUCCGUCUCCCUUCACGUCCCGCCAUCGGACGAUUUCGCCGCCGCCUCCAGACGCCGCGAGCACGUUCUCCGACCCCGGAGAACGUCGCGCCUUCGAUUCUGCCAACCUCCCGGCGGCGGUGUUCCCGCGCACGUGGAAUUCUGGGCCUGCGCGGACGCAACUUGUUCAAGCUUCCCCGCCAUUGUCUACAUCCUUCCCUCUGCCGCGCGUCGUCUUUCAACGCUCAGCAUGGUCUGUUCUCGCACAAGUCGGCCUAGGCGAUGAGUAUACAGAAAUUCGCCCGCCGAGCGGCCUAAUCCGGCCUUCUCUCCUCUCUACACGCCACAUUUUCGUCCGCCGAGCCAGUAAAUCCGACUCGCUCGCUGCGCGCCAGGUUUUGUCGCUGCACCUCACGCCUGAUCGUCGCAUUCCACGCCACCAGGACGUCUGGGACACCACUUAUUCCACAAACGCACACCAAGACGGCUCAAGCGCUCGAAGCGCUGAAGCAAUGGAUCUUCUUCCGCCGAGCGGGUAUAUACGACUCGCUCGCUGCGGCCAGGCCUUCCCUCCGCACGCCACACCUCAUCGUUGCGUUCCCCGCCUCAUCGUCGCAUUCCACGCUACUAGAGCGCCUCAGACAUCACUUCGUUCACAACGGCUCGAGUGCUACAAGCGCCGAAGCAAUGCAUUUGCGUCCGCGGAGCGGGCUAUCACAAACGCGGCGACGAAGUUCCAGGCGCUCCAUCCUGCGCCUUCGCUCGGCCUCCUCACAUCCCCGACCACUCGACCGCGCUCUUGACACUCCCAACACUUCUUUGCAACCUCGGCAGCGCUGUCAAGAGCCAUCUCAAUGCGCUCCUACCUGCCUCCCUCCCUCACGACCUCCCCAAGCGUCGAAGCAACGUAUCGCCGUCCGCCGAGCAGCCUAAUAGCGUCCCAUCAACGUUUUUGAGACUGCGAGAGCCCCCGAGUCUCCCCCGAGCACCGCCUCAAGGCGUGAAGCAAUGUAUCGAUGCCCCGCGAGCGAGAGCAUCGUUCCUGUACUUCAUGGCAUUAUUUAUACAUUUUAACAACGCUCUUACUCACUGCUUCGGUCUUCUCGAUGUCAUUACUGCUCGCACUGUACUUCUCUAUGCCUUGCUAUCUCAUUUCUCU